UCUUUCUCCUCUCCAGCCCCCGCCUCCCUCCAUCCCUCUUAACCCUGUGAUGGCCAAGGCAGUUUAACGUCACUCAGACGACGUCAUCAACCUCAGCCCAAAGCGGCUGGAGCUGCGACAAACGACGACAGCGCUGACUUAUUGGGAAUCCAGACUGUCACCGAGUGAGAGGUUUUAAGGGACUGAGAGACCACCAAAAUGGACACUGUAGAUUCUGAAGAACUGAACCCUGCUUGCAAAAUUAUGACUUUCAGGCCAACGAUGGAAGAAUUUAAAGACUUUAACAAAUAUUUAGUGUACAUGGAAUCUAAAGGUGCUCACAGAUCUGGUUUGGCAAAGGUAAUCCCACCAAAGGGAUGGAAGCCCAAGACACAUUAUGAUGACAUCGAUGAUCUAGUGAUUCCUGCUCCAAUUCAGCAGAUGGUUACUGGCCAGUCAGGUCUUUUCACUCAGUACAACAUUCAAAAAAAGCCAAUUACCGUCAAAGAGUUCAGACGUCUGGCUAACAGUGACAAGUAUUGUACUCCCAGAUACAUGGAUUAUGAGGACCUGGAGCGUAAAUACUGGAAAAAUUUAACAUUUGUGGCACCAAUAUAUGGGGCAGAUGUUAAUGGAAGCCUCUAUGAUGAAAAUAUUAAUGAAUGGAACAUUUCCUGCCUCAACACCAUCCUGGAUGUAGUAGGAGAGGAAUGUGGGAUAUCUAUUGAGGGUGUCAACACACCUUACCUUUAUUUUGGUAUGUGGAAGACAACAUUUGCGUGGCAUACAGAAGACAUGGAUCUCUACAGUAUAAACUACCUCCACUUUGGAGAGCCUAAGUCUUGGUAUGCCAUACCUCCAGAGCACGGAAAAAGGCUGGAAAGACUGGCACAAGGUUUCUUUCCCAGCAGUUCUCAAGGAUGUGAAGCAUUCCUCCGUCAUAAAAUGACUUUGAUAUCUCCAUCAAUAUUGAAAAAAUAUGGGAUUCCUUUUGAUAAGGUUACACAGGAAGCUGGUGAAUUUAUGAUCACUUUCCCAUAUGGGUACCAUGCCGGUUUCAAUCAUGGCUUCAACUGUGCUGAAUCAACAAAUUUUGCUACAGUCAAAUGGAUUGAUUACGGAAAAAUAGCCAAACUGUGCUCAUGCAGCAGUGAUAUGGUGAAGAUAUCUAUGGAUAUCUUUGUGAAAAAAUUUCAGCCGGACAAAUACCAGAUAUGGAAACAAGGCAAGGACACCUAUGUCAUUGAUCACACAAAGCCCACUUCUGACCCAACACCUGAAGAAAGAGCCUGGCUGCUGAGGAGAAAGAAGAGGAAUAGACUGAAAAAUAUCUUCCAUUACAGCCAACGGCAGACUAGAUCUCGUUCUAAGAAGCUUAGGACUCUGGAGGACAAGAAAGUAUCAGCUUUGGUAGCCGGGGCAGAAAUCAUAGCUACUGAAGCUGCUGCAGAUGGUUUCAAGGUCAAUGAAAAACCCACAGAAAAAGCAACGCUAGUAAACAAAGAAGAGCCUUCUGGGGAUGUGAAGAACAUUAGAGAAGUGCAUCUGGAUCACAGCUUACUGAAUAAUAUCCAGGCCCCAGGCUCAGUUCAUAACCCUUCAGACCAAGAAACUAAACACAAAGAUAACGCUAACUCUCACCUCAAUUUGGUUUCUUCUGGUUCAGAGACACUGCCUGGUUCUUGCUCCCCAUCUGCUGAAUUAAAAAUAAAAAAGGGCACACCUUCACGAGAGGAGUCUAAACAAAAUGCACUAUGCCAGAAACCACAAGUAUAUGAUCCUUCUGAGGCUGAAAGUCUGGAGAAAGAAGAAGCAAGCAGUGUUUCCAGUGAGGAAGAAGCCAGUGACUUUGAUGUCAAUGAAAAUGGCCUGGAACCUGGUGAAAUUCCAAAUGCCGUCAGUGAUGAGAUGAAGGACUCUGGAACUGAUACUAUAUAUGUUACAAGUCAAGGUGAAAACAAAACAAAGAGACCACAAACGACAAAGAGCUGGCGACUUCCUUUAAGUAAACCUCCAUCCAGAUCUCCCAUGACAAUAGUUAAGCAGCAAACCACAAGUGAUGAAGAAUUCUCAGAAUGCCCGUUAGUAGAUGAUACAGCUGAAGAAACAGAACUUUGGGCCAAGCCUCUUCGAUAUCUCUGGCAGACGAAUGUACAGAAUUUUGCAGCUGAAAGGGAGUACAAUUCAUCAGUUUCCAAGAUUAAGCCAUAUUGUGCCAUUUGUACUCUACUCUUACCAUAUUACAAGUCAGACACUUACAAUGAUGACAUCCAGCUAUAUUGGGAAACCAUAUCAAAUGAAAUUACUCCACUGGAACCUAGAACAAAGCCUCUUAUCCCAGAAAUGUGUUUCAUGUACAGUGAAGUCAAUACAGACAACUCUCUUCCAAAUUCCUUUAUUGAGGAUGAUGGACGAAGUCAACUGAUUACCUGUUCAAAGUGUCGUGUAAAAGUUCAUGCAAGUUGUUAUGGUGUUCCUUCCCAAGAAAUUCAUGAUGGAUGGAUGUGUUCUCGAUGUAGAAUUGGAGUUUGGACAGCAGAAUGCUGCCUUUGCAAUUUGAGAGGAGGGGCUCUGAAACAAACAACUGAUGAGAAAUGGGCACAUGUAAUAUGUGCUAUAGGUGUUCCUGAGGUUAGAUUUAAAAAUGUGACUGAGAGAUCUCAAAUAGAUACCAGCAGAAUACCACUUGAGAGGUUAAAAUUGAAAUGCAUUUUUUGCAGACAAAAAGUAAAGGAGGUUUAUGGCGCCUGCAUCCAAUGCUCUUAUGGACGUUGCCCGACAUCUUUUCAUGUGACCUGUGCUCAUGCUGCAGGGGUACUGAUGGAGCCUGAUGACUGGCCAUUUGUAGUGUACAUCACAUGCUUCAGGCACAUGAUCAAUCAGAAUGUGAGAAGCAAAUCAGCAAAAAAGGAAAUAACUGUAGGACAGACUGUCAUUGCAAAACACAGAAACACUAGAUAUUACAGCUGCAGAGUAACCGAAGUGACCUCACAAACUUUCUAUGAAGUUGUGUUUGAUGAUGGAUCUACCAGCAAAGAUACAUUCCCUGAAGAUAUUGUUAGCAGAGACUGCCUUAAGCUAGGUCCACCUGCAGAGGGAGAAGUUGUACAGGUGAAAUGGCCCGAUGGUUUACUUUAUGGAGCAAAAUACCUUGGAAACAAUAUUGUAUAUAUGUACCGGGUUGAAUUUGAAGAUGGGUCCCAGAUUGUCACGAAAAGAGAAGAUAUUUACACACUGGAUGAAGAGCUUCCUAAAAAGAUUAAAUCACGCUAUUCCAAGGCAUCUGAUAUGAAAUUUGAAGAUGCCUUUUAUGGAGAAGAAGUGAUUCGUAGUGAAAAGAAAAGACAGAGGGUUCUCAAUGUCAAGUUUAAGAAUGAAUAUGUUGAUGACCCAGGAUAUCGCACUUUCCUCAGGAGCUCAUUCCAAAAGAAGUGUCAAAAUGGAUUGUAAAAAACCUUUAAUAGGAAGGAACAGGAUUGGAAAAAAUUGUUACAAAACUUGCACUAUGAAGGAAAUUGAAGGUUAGCAUUUUAAGAAGAGGCUGCGAAUAAAGGACAAUGUACAUAAAGACAUAGGGAUUGAGAAAUUCUGUUCACUUAUCUUUUAAUGGGAUUAACAUUUUUGAAGUUGCAAUGCAAUUGCCAGUCCCAAAAAAUAAUCAAAAAAAAUCGUAAAAAGUAACGCUGGGAGCAGCUAUGACAUUGUCUUCUACGGUUUGAUUUUGUUCCCACAAAGCAGACAUAACCUCAGAAAAGCAAAUCUAUACCUGCUUGGAAGCAAGUUUAGAUACUCAGGAGUUUGGUGUGCUUCUAUUUCAGGAAACUCACAAUUGAAGACCACAGUGUGUGAUAAAAAAAAAAAAAAAAAAUCCAGAGUGUGACAGGAAACUCAUAAAGCAUUGUACUGCGUGGGCAUGUUUAUGCAAAUUUGUCAGGGGCAAAAACAGUUACUCUAAUAUUGUGUUCACUAUAUAUGUUGCAAAAAUUGUUUUAAGUGUAUGUUUGGGGCAUCAUAAAGUUUCCUAAUAUGUCAUUUAAAUACCUUUCUGGAUAUGAAUAUCUUUUUUUAAAAUGCUGAGCGAGCAUUCACAACAUUGUCAAUUGACUUUACGGAUCUCUUGACUUGGCAACUGCCUUAACCUUUUGAGAGUUAGGGGGAUGCUAACCACAAUGCCCUCUCCCCUCCUAAGGGUAUUAAAGGCUAAAGGAGUUUUUGAAAUAAAAACCUAGUUAUUAGUUAAGUUAUUCACCUACAGUGCCCUUUGCAAAGGUACACUCCAACUGAAAUAAUUUGUUUUGUGGAGCAAUAACCAAUGUUUUGGCAUUUUUGUGUUGGUUUUUUUUUUUUUUUCCUGGUUUUACAGAGUAUUGUUUAGCAAAUAGUGCAUAUGUACAUAUACCUAUUGAUACGGUAGGUAGGAAUUGUCGAGUCGCAGAAAUAAAAUAAUUUAAAAUUAA